GAGAAUGGAGUUCCAGGUCUAUUUGAAGAUUAACAAAAGUACAAUUAAAACAUUACAUCUGCCAACACCAGCACCAAAUGAUGGAAAUGGGAAACUGACCGUUGGAGAUUUAAAGAAACAAGCCAUAAGUCAUUUUCCUGGAGUAAAUGAUCUCAACCAACUGAGGUUGAUUUUCGAUGGAAAGGAUCUUGAAGAAGAUAAAAAUCUUUAUUAUUACAAGAUCGAAGCACUCUGUGUCAUUCAUGCUGUGUUGAAAAUGCGUGGCGGAGGCCCAUUGCAUGAUGAAGAGUUUCCCAGGAUUCGGUUUAUGGAACGCUUAUCUUUCAGCCUGUAGAUGUUUUGGACUAACUUGGA